AUGAGGAGAAGAAAACAAGAAAUACGAGAGAAGGCCCGUCACCAGGAAGACGAAUCUUCUUCUUCAGAUGAAUCAACGACAGAAACCGACAAGGAAGAAAAUUCGGACGCCCCGGUAUUCCGUGCAAGUCAUAGUGUGUUCCCUAGUGUUCCCCCUCAGCUCCCACCUAAAAUUCCGAUUACGCAAAAAGAAACAACUGACCAACCAUCAACCCCGUGUAUCCCCCCUAUGUCUAGUUCCUACACAGAUGUUUAUGUAGAUGGUGCAUGUUGUGACAAUGGCGGAAUAAGACCACGUGCAGGGAUUGGAGUAUGGUUCGGUCCUGGACACCCACUUAACGUCUCUCAGCGGUCCACAGGUAGACAAACCAACAACGCUUCCGAAAUUGAGGCUGCAACAACGGCUAUCAAAAAGGCGAAACGAGCAGGGAUAAAUCAACUAAGGAUAAAAACUGACUCCAAGGUACUUGUCCAAGGAAUCCAAGAGUGGGUACCAAAAUGGCAGGAAAACGACUGGAAAACCAACGAAAAUAAACCUGUCAAAAAUAAAAGUGCCUACGAACGAUUAGUUAAAGCAAUGAAAGGUUUGGAUGUUAUAUGGGAACACGUGCCUGGUCACGAUGGAAUAAAUGGAAACGAAAAUGCAGAUCGACUAGCAAGGGAAGGCGCCCUUCUAGAACCUCCUUCAGACUCCAGUUCAUCUUCCAGCGAAUCAGCAGAUCAAGAAGAUGUGGAAGAAAUUUCCCCGGAGCAUGUGAUCGUCGCAAUACCUCCACCACCUCCCGAUAGUGAAGAAAGUUCGGAACGGAAUCAGAAACUGAUCAGGAACCACAGCAAAAUCCAGCAGAUCCUGAAGAUCAAGAAAAUUCACUAG